CAAAUUCUUCAUCAGAUUCAUGAGUAUCACCAGCACUAAGGGAUCUCACAAUUAAAUCCAACCCCCCCCCCUUUUUUUUAAAAAAAACCCCCCAAUAUGAGUUAGCACCAAUGAAUUCCUCAUUAGCAACAAGAUGUGCCAGCCGGGCGGCGGCGGCUCCACGUCUCAUUUCGUCCGCUCGCCUACACCAAGCCACAGCCACAACCACUCGGCUGCAAUAUUCCGCCAUACUCUCGUCGCGAAGACGCCAGCAAACCCGGCUCUUCUUCUCAUCCCCUCCCUCACUACAAAACAGAUCACCUGUAAAUAAUUACCCACCACCACCACCACCACCAGGCGGCCCUCACCCCCGCCCACAAGGUGGCCGAGGCGGGACCUGGAAGCAAUGGGCCCUCUUCAACCUCGCCGGCGUAACCGGCGUCCUGAUCUUCGCCGGCGUGUUGAAGAGCGUCCCGGGCCCCAACAACAACAACGACAACAACAACAACCAAAACAAUGACAAAAACGCCGUCAUGAACAAGAUAUCCUUCCGCCCGUUCAUCAUAGCGGCGAAAGAGCAGGUCUCGCCCACGGCUUUCGUACUAACGCUGCGCGCGGGGGAUCCCGGUGCCCCGUUGCUGGGAAGAGGGGGAGCGGGAGCGGGAGAGGGGGUGGUGAAGGAGGCGUGGGAGCACGGGCUCUGGUCCGUCGAGGUGAAGCAGCCGCAGCUGCAGAUCGCGCGGCACUACACGCCGCUGCCGCUUAGCUACUCCGCUUCUACUCCUGUCGAUGGUGGUGAUGGUGUUGUGAGUCUUAGUAGCGACGACGACGACGACGACGACGGCAAAGUCCUCCGCUUCCUGAUCCGCAAGGUCGACGGCGGCGAGGUGUCGACGUACCUCAGCAAGCAGCGCGUCGGCGACCCCGUGUGGCUGCGCGGCCCGCACCUCGGGUUCGACGUCGAGAAGCGGCUUGGCAGUAACGGUAACGGUAACGGUAACGGUGAUGGCGAUGGCGGUAACGUCGUGUUCCUAGCCGGCGGCACGGGCAUCGCGCCCGCGCUGCAGAUCGCGCGGAAGCUUCUAGAUGCACGAAAGCAAGGAGGAGAGGAGGAGGAGGAGGAAGAAAAAGCGAAGCCGCGGAUCUCGAUCCUCUGGGCGAACCGCCGGAGCGCCGAUGCGCUGGGGCGGGAGGAGCUGGAGCGGUUGGAGGCUUCUAGUGGCAUUAGUGGUGGUGGCAGUGAGAAGAGCCGCGGGUUAAUGCCAAGCAUAUGGGGCAGUAGUAAAAAAUCACCCGAUAAAGACUCGGUAACGGUGGAUAACAACGAAGAGGAGGGAAAAUCAUCGCUCGCGCAGCUGAUCUGCGACCUGCACCAGAAGCACCCCAACCACUUCCGCGUCUCCUACUUCGUCGACGAGGAGGACGUGUACAUCGGGCCCCGCGCCGUGCGCGCCGCGCUCUCCGACGCAUCGCCACGGCAACUCCUCCCCGCCGCGCCGUCCUGCGCGUGGCAUGCGCCGGCGGCGCUGGAGCAGCUCCCGGACAACAAGGACGCGGAGCGGCGCGGGCUGAGCUGCCUUUGCACAUCUAACAACAACAACAACAACACCACCGACAACGACAACGACAACGACAAUGGCAGCAAUAACAAUAGCAAUAGCGUGAGCGCAGCAGUAGCAGGGGCGAACUUGAUCUGCGUCUCCGGGCCCGACGGCUUCAUAGACGUGUACGCAGGCCCGAAGCGGUGGCACGCGGGGACCGAGAUGCAGGGACCCGUGCGCGGGCUGCUGGAGCGGGUGUUGAAGGAUGGCGAGGCGAGGGGGAAUUGGCUAGUCCUUAAGCUAUAACUUACUGCUAUGUAGGUAGGUAGGAGGAGAUGGGUAUGAGAUACCUAUCUGCCUUGCCUUAUUGUACGAUACCUAGGUAGCUACUUAUUUGCCUACCUAGGUUUGCGUGUGUGUAGGUAUAUAUAUAUAAAAUAUAACAGGAUACCCAACUUAUGGAUAUGGCUUAUAGAAGAAAAGAAAAAACACAUAUAAUUAAAAGAUGAACCCGAACUCAAACAAACACGGGCGAGUUACCAAUAUUUAGAGAUGGCAUACAUGCACUUCUGA